UUCAUUUCUUUCUUUUUUUUUUCCUGUUUGAUUUUGUUUGUUCUAAACACUUCCAUUAUAAAAUUGGUCAAAUCAUAAGAUAUUUUUGCAGACAAUGCAUCCUUUCCUGAAUCAAAUGGGAGCUCAGAACUGGAAGGAAUAGGUAGAAAGAUUGUCGAGAGGUGUGAUGGCUUGCCGUUAGCUGCAGAAACACUUGGACGCUUGUUGCGCUCAAAGCAAGAUGCUGGGGAAUGGAAUAAAAUACUAUCUAGUGAUAUUUGGCAAUUUUCUAUGACAGACAAUCUUUUACAACCACCAAGGAGGGGACAGACUCUAGAAGAAGUUGGUUGCGAGUGUUUCGAUGGCUUGGUUUCAAGACUAUUCUUCAAGCAGGUUGAUAACGAUGAUGAGAAGUAUUUCGUGAUGCAUGAUCUCAUGCAUGACUUGGCAACAUUUCUUGCUGGAGAUCUUUAUUGUAGAUUUGCUGAAAAAGAAGAGAUGAGUAUUCUAACUCGACAUUUGUCAUACAAUCAUUCAAUUCCUGAGACAAAAUGGUCCUCUAAUAAAAAAGAAUCUUUGAGGACAUUAUUGUAUAUCAAUUAUGGAGCUCAUUUCUGGAAAUCAAGAACAACAUUACCAUGUGACAUAUUGUCAAAGAAUAAAUACUUGAGAGUUUUGUCCUUUGAUACACUCGAUAUAUUUCGUUAUUCAAUUGCUAAAAAAUUGAUCCAGUUGCGCUAUUUGAAUCUCUCUUGGAGUGCUGUUAAGAUAUUGCCCGAGUCACUAUGCAAUUUGUGCAAUCUACAAACUUUGAAGUUAGAAGGCUGUUCAAAGCUGACUAUGCUGCCCAAUGGCAUGUAUAAUCUUGUGAAUUUGCGGCAUCUUAAUAUAAGGGGUACGCCUCUGAAAAAAAUGCCAAAAGGAAUGGGCAUAUUAAAACAGUUGCACAUUUUAAGCAAGUUUGUGGUGGGAAAGCAAGAAGACAAUGGAAUGGAAGAGUUAGGAGGGCUUUGGAAUCUUCAUGGAUCACUUGAGAUUGAGAAAUUGGAGAAUGUGGUUGAUGGCAAUGAGGCAAGGAGUGCAAGGAUAAUAGAAAAGAAGCACAUUGAGGAGUUAUUGUUGAAAUGGUCUGUGUCUUCAGGUGAUGAUAUGGUUUCAAACACACAUACUGAUGAACAAGAUAUACUUGGAGGCUUGCAACCACACACUGGCUUGAAAGAGUUAAUUGUUUAUGGAUACAAAGGUAAAAUAUUUCCAGAGUGGAUUGGGCAUUCCUUGUACCAAAACAUGACAAGUGUAUCUCUACAAUAUUGCUGGAAUUGCUGCGUGCUGCCUUCACUUGGACAGCUGCCAUCUCUCAAGUCCCUGAGCAUCAAAAGUUUUGAUAAGCUGAAGAGCAUUGGCAAGGAGUUUUACAAGAAUGAAGGCCAUCAACGUUCUUCACCUAUUGCACCGUUUCCCUCGCUAGAGACCUUGGUAUUUGAUGGCAUGUCAUGUUGGGAGGAGUGGCACUUACCUGACUCAGAAGCAUUUCCUCAGCUUAAGAGCCUUCUUAUAACAAAAUGUCCAAUGUUAAAGGGAGAUAUGUUUAAUCAAGUAUUAAUGAGAAUCGUUUUUUCCUCAUCGGAUGUUUCCAAAGUGCGUCUACUGGAAAUAGGAGGAGAUGAUAAAGGACUGGAUAAAGAGAUGACACUCGAUGAGAAUAGUUUAUCAAUUAGGGGAUUUGAAAGUGUGGUGGAGUGUGCAUUUAAGGCAAGGAUCAUCCACCAUCUAACUUCCCUCCAAGAAAUAAAAUUCUGGGAGUGUUCAUCUGUUGUAUCCUUGGGGAGCAAUUGUUUACCCAAAUCUUUGCAAAAGCUCAGAAUAUAUAGUUGCAGCCAAAUUGAAUUACUCCAGCAACAACACAAGUAUGAUUUGGUACAUCUACAAAUAGAAAGCUGUGAUUCACUGACCUCAUUGUCGUUGGAUGCCUUUCCAAAUCUCGAGAAUCUCAAGAUAGAGAGGUGUUCAAAUCUGGAAUCAGUUUCAAUGUCAGAGCCACCACACGCUGCUCUUCAACGUCUCUCCAUCCGUUGGUGCGACGAAUUUGUGUCAUUUCCAGAAGCAGGACUGGUUGCACCCAACUUGGCUCAUCUCAGCAUCACAUAUUGCGACAAGUUGGAGGCAUUGCCACGUGACAUGAAUAGUCUUCUCCCAAAUUUACAGUCUCUCGACAUACGAGGUUGCCCAAUCAUUCAUAGGUUGCCAGAGGGUGGUUUGCCACCUAACCUGAAAGAGCUAAGUGUAGGAGAUUGGGAGGAACAAGUGAGGGGCCUAUCAUGGUUGGGCAACUUGGACAACCUCACUCAUCUCACCAUUGCUGGUUUUUGGUGCGAGAGCAUAAAGUCAUACCCAGAGGCGGGUUGGCUGCCUCGCCUUCCCUCCCUUACCACUCUUUAUAUUCAAUUCUUUGAUAAUCUGGAGACAUUGGAGUGCAGCGAGCUUCUCCGCCUCACCUCCCUCCAACAACUACACAUUUCAUACUGUCCAAGGCUGAAGAAUAUGGAAGGAGAAAAGCUGCCUCCCUCUCUCUUUCUCCUGGAAAUUUACCACUGUGGUUUGCUGGGCAAAAACUGCAAGAAUAAGCAUCAACAAAUUUGGUCCAAAAUUUCCCACAUUCCCACCAUUGAAGUCGAUGGCAAGAAAAUUUUCUGAGUAGAGGUUUCUGAGCAGGUAGCUUGUGCACAUAUCAAUAUGUAAUCCUAUACAUUGGCUAUACAUUUAAUUCUAAGUUCAUUUGAGGUGGUAAGUAAGCUGGAUUGAUGUAAUGGGAAACAGAAACGGUGUAUUUUCUGAUUCUGGCUUCAAGUUAUUGAAAAGCAAAGGCACGAUGGAGAAAGUUGGUGGCACUCAUUAUUGAAAAGCUUUCGUUGUUGUUGGUGAUGAAGGUAUGUAGCUAAUGCAGUCAAGACUCAAAGGAUAUGCUUUCCAUAUUUGAAGAUGACAAUCAUGUACCUGAAGUAGUCAAAGAAGUUGUAGUGAUGCCAUCAGCAACAAUUUUGUUCCUAUCAACUUUACUCAAUGGUGUGUGCAAUUUGUACAUAUAUCAAACCAGUUGUGGUUCUGUAAAUUUUUCA